AUGGAAGGAUCCAGAGUGACGCACCAAGGGGUGCGUGCCCAUUCAGCCGAAGGUUCCGCAGGACGGAUUACACAAGCUGGAUUGGCUGCUAGAAGCACCGAGGGUACCGCAGCCAAAGGCAUGGCUAUAAAAGGCCAUGAAGACUUAUGGGUGGAAAUUCAAGCAAACACUUUCAGGAACUGGGUUAAUGAAACAUUAAAGCCAAUGAAUAUUAAGGUAGUUGACCUUGUGGAAGACCUUCGUGAUGGUACAGUACUGUGCUCCCUGGUAGAGGCGUUACAGGGCCGCAGGCUUAAAGGCUGGAGUCCGAACCCUAACAAUCAGCACCACAAGUUAGAGAAUGUCACCACCGCAUUGCAAGCCAUCGAAGAUGAUGGCGUUAAAUUGGUCAAUAUUGGGAAUACUGAUAUUGUCAACGGGAACUUGAAAUUGAUCCUGGGUCUGAUUUGGUCCCUUAUCGUCCGCUAUCAGAUCGGUCGAAGCAAAUUCCCUCCGAGAAAGCUGAUGCUGUCGUGGCUGCAGUCAGCUUUGCCAGAAUGUAAAGUGUCCAAUUUGACCAGCGAUUGGAACAGUGGAGUUUUGCUGUCUGCUCUACUGGACCAUUGCAAACCUGGUGUAUUUCCUCAUUGGCGUGAACUAAAUCGUCAUGAAGCUGUCGAAAACUGUCGACGAGCUAUGAAACUAGCUCAUCGCGAGUUGAAUGUGCCUAUGGUGCUGGAGCCGGAGUAUCUUGCGUCGCCUUGGUUGGACGAGUUGUCUGGCAUGACCUAUUUGUCGUACUUCAUGAAACCGGGCUCACCUGGAUACAGAGCUACACUAGAAUGGGUCAACUCGCGAUUGGAGAGGGGCAUCACAAAUUUCACGACCGACUGGAAUGACGGCCGUGUUGCGAAUGAGCUGGUAAGAUCAAUGGGCGGCCCUGCACCUCCUCCCAGUAGACUAAGGCGAGACCCGGCACGCUGGGAAGAAAACAAUCAGCAAGCUAUAGAUGCUGCCAAGAAAAUAGGUGUUCAACCGGUGCUAUCAGCCAAAGAUAUGAGUCAGAAUGAUGUGGAGCAUUUAGGAGUGAUGGCGUGGGCUUCUCAGUUCCGAAACGUACCUCCAAGACCUCCAGUUCAUGACAUGCUACGUGUAGCAUUGGACUCUACCUCUGGAAGAGUUGGAGAAGAGACAUAUAUUAAAGUGGAAUCGUUAUCCAACGAGCUUUCAAUCUCUGAUGUGAAAGUUUCUAUAGUGAAUCCUCUAGAACAAGAGUCAAGGUUAAAACUUGACGCACGCGGUGCAGGUGAAUUCAUUCCUGAACACGCUGGUAUGCACGAGAUAGUACUCACCGUAGACGAUAUCAGAGUUGAUGGAAGAUACUUCUUCAGGGUAUUACCUAGAUUAGUGACAGUACCACCACCGGGUAUGGCUCCUUGUGCUGCCGGCAGUAUUGUAGAAGUACUUGUCAGUGCCACGGGAGCUCCAAGAAGAGAGGAUAUUGAUGUGACGGCUCACUCUCCAAGUGGCCGUGCAGUUCCACUGCAGGCUAGGCACCCCCCACCGUCAGCUCCUGGUACCACCGCCUCUAGUGCAACGUUCCAGCCUGAUGAAGCUGGCACAUGGACAAUUGCUAUUACUUACAAGGGCGAACACAUUCAGGGAGGCCCAUUCACUUGCGAGGUUUUCGACCCAGCCGGCGUCAGACUCAGUUCUGGUGCCUUAGAUGGUGCUGAACCCCUGAAACCUCACUCAUUCGAACUGGAUACGUCUGGUUGCGGGGUGAAGGGAGACUUGCAGCUGGAUAUUGUCCAUGAUAAGCGCAGUGUGAUGUGCGCUUUGGAGAAACUCUCCGCUACUAAAUAUCGCGCUACGUUCAUGCCUAAGGCACCUGGUAAACAUAGGUUAUAUAUCUACUUCAAUGGCUACGAUGUUAACGGUUCCCCACAUCUGUUCAGAGUGGGAGGUCGUUCGAAAAAAUCCCGGGAGAGUUCCAGCCCAUCGUAUGCUAGAAUAUCAAGUCCAGUCACACGUUUGAGAUCAGAGAGCCCGUUAAACAACUUCAAUGUUUACGAAUCGAACACAACGAGAAACACAAGCUCUGUGGAUAGACGUGACUCGAACGAUUAUUACAAAACCUUUUCAGACAUCAAAGAGAAGAAUUAUGACGUCACCGACUCCGCCUAUUCCACGUCCAAAGUUCACAAAAAGGAAAGCUACAGAUAUGGUUCGGAGAGUCCUAGGAAUAGGACAGCUAGUCCUAUAACGACAAAGCAUUUUGGGAAUGGAUCCCACUUGGAUGUCAGUGGAUCUAGUCCAUACAGAGCUAGUAGCCCAUAUCGAGCUACGAGCCCAGUGACACGCACAGCUAGCCCGUUAACAAGAAAGGACAGUCCAUUGAAUAGGACUGCUAGUCCAAUUAACAGAGUAAGCAGCCCAACGGAACGACAUAGCCCAGUGACGACUACUAAACGUGUUGUAGAAAAGCGAUCCAACUACAAGAUGUACAGCUCCUACAGCGGCUCUCAGGAUAACCUGGAUCAAAAUAGCCCUUAUGGAUCACUAGAGAACGACCGUACCAAAAGACUUGGGAGUCCAGGCGUCGGCGAUCCAGGCGGGACCGCAUACCAUGCUAGAAAAGACUCAUGGGAGCCCAUUGAAAAAACAAGGCAAAUGCUAAGCAAUAAUCGAUUGGAUUCUCCAGAUCGCUACCAAAGCACACUGGACCGUGAGACAAGACGGAACACGCAACUGAACAAAUUCAGCGACAUGUCACGAGAUACCUUCAAUAAACAACUUGACCGUUUAGCGGAUGACCGCGAUUCGGACACUUAUACUAGUCGGCAAGAAUUCAGCAAACGCGAGGUUCACGAGAGCUCGUACGUGGUACGCGACUCCUCAUACAGCAGCGUCGAGGAGAAGCACCAGCAACAGCAUCAGCAGUCUUUUUUAUCCAAUAGGCCCCCCCGCGACCCUACCGGGGGGGCCCACUCUGAAACGGACGCAGCACACGCCCGCUUCAGACCAAUUCAAUGGGAUAAUAAUAGAGGUGCCAAAGGAGUAAUCGUUAAACCAAGCUACAGGGGUGUGGUGGGACAACCUGUGGAGUUCAUAGUCGAUUGUAACAGAGCUGGUCCAGGACAUUUAGAGUUAGAAGUAUCUGGUGGCAAUGGAGCGCUGGUUGCCAGCUCUGUGCGGCCGCUAGGCAGCUUUAGAUACGCAGCAUCUUUCAUACCAAGACUGUCGCGACCUCAUGCUGUGCGAGUAACCUUCAAUGAUGAGCACGUGCCAGGGUCCCCGUGGAAGGUCGACGUUAUGGCGGGACCGGCGGGUGGUGGUGGUGAACCCACCAGACUGAUCCCCGCACGGGUGCCGGCCGUUUUCGAGAUAUCCACCGCGCCUGGGACAGCCACCUUCAAUAAGAACGAUGUGGGGGUCUCGGUGACUGCCCCGUCUCGGAGGCCCGUAACGGCUCGAGUUCUUGAUGUGGCCGAGCGACCAGGAGUUUUCCGCAUCGAAUUCACGCCUGAAGAAGUCGGCACGCAUUUAAUCGAUGUUUCAAUAGCAGAAGACAAAUUGGCCGCAGGACCUCUAGUCGCUAAAGUAUACGACGCAAGUCUCAUCAAAGUUACAGAUGUUGGCAACGCAGUUGUGGGACAACAAUCACAGUUCAGAGUGGAUGCCAGUGCAGCUGGUGAAGGCCAACUUGAAAUUUCCAUAAACGAGGGAGAAGUUCCAAAUCAUGUGCAGGUAGUUGGCGGUGGUCGGUGUCUAGUCUUUUGGCGGCCUGAAACGCCUACACCCCACCGAGUGGAUAUAAAAUUCAAUGGAGAACCAGUGCCUUCUUCACCCUUUGUGUUUCAUGUGGCACCUGCCCAGAGAGUCACUAUAGACACAUCACAAGUUGAAUUAAUACCAGUAGGUGAAUUAGCAUCAUGUUCAGUGCGAGUAGAAGGCGCUGGGGGAGGCGAAUUAGCAGUAACUGUACGAGGACCCCGGGGCGAAGUUCCCGUGAGGCUAACAGGCGAUGUUGUCAGUGGCCUAAUCGCCAGCUUCACUCCAAGAAACGUUGGUACGCACGUGCUUACAGCCCAUUACAACAGCCAACCAGUACCAGGUACCCCAUUUACAUGCAAGGCCUAUGAUGGGAAGCUUGUUAGUGUCACUGGGGGAUCAUCAGCUCGAGUUGGUGUGCCUGUGCAGCUAGCAGUAGAUGCUGCACAAGCUGGAGAAGGCAAUCUAGAAAUCACAGUAGCAGCUAGAGGUCUGAAUAUACCUACACAAGUCCAUCCACAGGGUAAUGCAAGAUUUAAUGUGUCAUUCACACCAACAGAAGCGUGCGACCAUGUUGUAAAUGUAUCUUUUAAUAAGAUGCGCGUACCUGGAUGCCCUCUCACCAUUGAAGUGUCAGAAGGCAGUGGCAGCGGGGCUCGUGUGACACUACCUGGUCCAGUGCCACUUCAUCAGCCCGCAUCGCUCACCCUCCACCAUCCUACUGCCACACUUGACCAAAUAGAAGUCAAUGUUGAAGGAUGGUAUAAAUGA